AUGACCAAUAAUAUCAAUUCAAGUAAAAUAAUUGUAUAUACUUCUAAACUGUCACUUCCAUCUGCUUCUCUGUCUAAAAUAUCAAAUAUCUCUUCUUGAAGUUUCUCUCCUUGAUGAUAGCCAGAUGCCCAAUUAUUACCAGCGCCACCUCCAUGUUUUGAUAAAUAAAUGUUCUCUGGAUUAUAUAACUUGUGAAAAAUAAUAUUUAUAAUAACGAUGCAUUUUACUCAAAAAAUAUAUUUAUAUAAAUUCAUGAAGUCAAAUGAAUUUAUAAAAACAUAGCAAUAAAUACCUUCGAAUACGGAGAAUUCAUGAUUGUAUGAAUUACUCUAGGUUCUAAAUCUAAUAAUACUGCCCUUGGUAUAUAAUGUUCAUCAUCCGAUUGAUAAAAAAAUACAUCUUUUCUAUCUGUCCCUUCUGUUGCAUAAUCUUCUAAGAUACCUUCUGGGCUAAUACCAUGCUCUGCACACAAUUUUUUCCAAAAUUCAAAUCCAACUAAAAAUGAAGUUUUAUUAUUAUUUAUUUAUUGCUUUCAUCUAAUCUAACAUCUAAUAUCAUAAUGCAUUUUAUGUAUAUAUUUUUUAAACAUCUUUUCUACUCUUAUGGUACACUAAUUUUACAAUUUUGUACUUUUAAUGAAAAACUUAAAGAUAAACAUAAAUUAAAUAGUUGUCAUAAUUGAAACAUGUAUGUGUGGUUAUAUUUAUAACAUAGUAUUUUAAUAAAAAUAUAAAUUAUAUAGUUACUUACUUUGAUUACCGCAUUGGCCAAGUUGCAAAGUUAUCAUUUCACAAGGCAUUCUGAAUUUGUUAUUUAAUUCUUACAGAGGAAUAAAUUAUAAUUAUUUGACUUUGAUUUUACGCGCGACAAACCUUCAAUUUAAUUAACAUUUCUCAUACUACAAAUAAAGAUAUUUCUCGCAAAUGUUAUAAUAUACAUACAUAUGAUUGCUCUUAUUUUCAAUUCCAAAUAUUUAUGAAUGCAGAUAAUAGAAUUGUACAUAUAAAGAAUAAUAUUCGAAUGUUACUAUUGCUACCGUUUUUCAGUUGUAGAUGGUGCUACGUUAAACGUCAAUGUUUCUUGCUGUUUAAAACUUCGAUCAGUUUAAAAAUACAAGUAAAAUUUUCAAAAUAAAUGACUUUAUAUUACGAAUGAAACAAUAUACAUGGAGAAAGAUUUUUUAAUUAUUUCAAAUAAUGUGUUUGUCAUUAUUUUAAGUAACGUGUUCGUAUUUAGAAGUAAUUUUUUAUUUAAAAAGAUUACACGCAACGAGUACAUUAAUUAAUUAAUAUUACAUUAUUACUUUUAUUUAUUUAAGUUAUUAAGAUAAUUAUAAACUAUAUGAUAUAUUACAAGCAUAAUUGUAUAAAAAUUAAUGUCAUUUUAAAAAGUAUAUACUGUGUACACACACACACACACACAACAACACGCACACGAACGCACGCACGCACGCACACGCACACACACACAACACGAAAGCAUUAUUGAAAGCAUUGAAUAUAUGCACUUAUUUUUUGUAUCUAACUCUUAUGUCAUGUUUGCAAUACGCAUGUGUUUUCAAAUCAACCGAUUAAGAUUAUUGUAUUAGAUAAAAAUUGAAGAUAUUCUAAAUCUACGUAAUUUAAUAUAUAACAAGGUAUAAUAAAGUAUUAUUUUAUUAUCAUAUCGUUGUUGUUUAACAGAAUUGCUUAACCUAUAAUAUUUUUGAAAUGUCAUAGUUUCAGUAAUUUAAAAUUGAACAUAAUAUAGCAAACUAUAAUAUAACAAAGGUAGUUUAAAAGAGUGAACUAAAAAUUGUUACAUUUUUUAAAUUGUUUAGUUUAGUUAUUAAAAAUAAUUGUUUCAUUUAGUUUUCAAAUAGCUUGCAUAAUUUAAGAAAAAUAUUAAGUUUCACAAUAUUUUAAUCAGAUUAAUGUACACAUAUUUUAAACUAAGCACAAACCAUAUGAAAAUAUUGCUCUGUAAAAUUAUUAAAUUCUUAAUAAUAAAGAUCUCUUUUUAAAUGAUAUUAUUACGAUUUAACAGAUGUCUACAAAUAAGUGUCGGAAUUGUGGAUCUACAGAUAUUGAAACAGAUCCAGCCCGAGGAGAUGCUGUUUGUACAGAUUGUGGUUUUGUGUUGGAAGACCAACUUAUUGUUAGCGAAACAGCAUUUAAAGAAACACCAACUGGAAAUAUGAUGGUACUUGGCCAAUUUGUUGCUAAUGAUAGCACUGGUGGAGCUACAGGAUUUGGAGCAAAUUAAAUCAACAUUGUAUCGAUACAUCUAUGAAUUUUUAUAAAAUGGCAUUAAAUCGUCAGUUAACUCGUGGAAGAAAACAAGCGCAUAAUCAUGCAGCUUGCGUUUAUAUUACUUGCCGUACAGAAGGCACUGCACACAUGCUUAUCGAUAUCAGCGAUGUUCUGCAAAUUUGUGUUCAUGAAUUGGGACGCACGUAUCUGAGGUUUACGCAAGCUCUUUGCAUCAAUAUACCUUCAGUAGAUCCAUGUUUAUACAUCAUGAGAUUUGCAAAUAAACUGGAGUUUGGUGAAAAAACUCACGAAGUAUCAAUGACGGCUUUACGAGUAGUUCAAAGAAUGAAAAAAGAUAGUAUUCACAGUGGACGAAGGCCGUCAGGAUUAUGUGGCGCUGGCUUAUAGAAUUUGGUGAUACACCUUCGAGCGCAUUGACUCUCGAAGAAUUCAUGACAGUCGAUUUGGAGGAAGAACAAGAUCCUCCAGCUUUUAAAGCAGCACGGAAAAAAGACAAAGAACGAUUACAAAGGUUGCUUCUGUGGAAAGAGAAGAUACAGAUAGAUUUGUGAGAGAAAGCAAUUUAGAUGUAAUUAAAAAUUAUGUUGGAAAUGAUGUAGACGACCCUGACAGUGAUCUUCAAAAUCAUGGAGACAAUAGUACAAACGGUCGAUUAAUUACCGGAUUAGGACUCUGGAGAGAUCGACGUUGCUGAUUUCGAUGACGAAGAGUUAGAUAGUUACAUCAUGUCGGAAAAAGAAGCACAAUUUAAACACAAUUUAUGGAAUAAAGUAAAUGCCGAAUAUUUAAUUCAGCAAAAAGAAAAGGAAGAAAGACGGCAGAAAGAGAAAGAAGAAGGUAAACCUGAAAAGAAACGACGGCGGACUACUAAACGUAAUAAAAGUCAAGCGCCUGCAAAUACCGCGGGAGAAGCGAUUGAAAAAAUGUUGCAGGAGAAAAAAAUAUCAUCUAAAAUUAAUUACGAAGUAUUAAAAAGUUUAAACGUUAAUUUAAAUAAUUCGACCAAGGAACAACAAAAAAUUGAAGAACCGAUUCAAUCGCCGAAAAAAGAAAUAAAUAUUUCGCCAAGUUCUAGUAAAACAUCCAGCGUUUCAUUGAAAACUCGAGACGAGCCAAAUACACCAGUAGUAAAGAAACCUCGCAUAACUAAACCUCAGACUCCAAGAAAAAAGGAAGAAGUCCAAAUGCCAGUUGAAAUAGAAACUAACACGACUGAAUCUGUACUAUCAAGAGUGGAUACUUCGUUAGAUAUGGAUGAAACUGAUGAUUAUGUCGACGAGGAUGUCGAAGCUGAUCCUACAGAAAUGACUGUUGGAGAAAUGCUUGGACACCAUGGAUCGGAAGAUGAAAAUGACUUUGGAUAUGGAUACGAUGAAGAAGACUACUAAUUGUAUUUACUAAAUUGAUACUAAGCCCAUGAAAAUAACUAUUAGUCGUUUAUAAUACCGCUAUUUAUUUAUUAGAACUUUAUCUAUUAGGACUUGAUAAAAAGACUGUAUUCUACAAUGUACAAAUAAAGCAUUUACUAUUCUUAAUUUAUAAUCCUACGAAUUUUUUAUUUAAUCUUAAAAAUAUCGUAUAAAAGAUGGCACGUAAUAGCUAGGAACAACUUUUGUAAAAUGUUGCGCACAACGUUCAUAUUGAAUUAACUGCUAUUUUUUUCGUGAAACAAAAUUCUUUGUACAUUCUUCGAGAUAUUUUUUUCUUUUUCUUUUCAUUUCUUU